AUGGCUUUAUAUGCAGACUCCAGAGGGAUUAACAACUUGAAAGCCAACACGGAAGAGUUACCCAAUGUGACGUCUUCAAAUGAAGAUGAACAUAAAGAAGAACACGCGACUACAAUUAAUCAUGUACAUGAAGAUGAAACUCAUAUAAGUUUUAGUCCUCCUUCAAGCACAGAAAGCGAAUACCAUGAGGAAAGUACUCCUGCUAACGAGAAAACUGGCAAUUAUUAUAAAGACAUAAAACAAUAUGUGUUCACCACAAAAAAUCCACAAGGUACAGAGUCUGAAAUAACUGUCACAGCAACAACUGGUCUGAGAUUUGCUGUAAAGCACUGAACAACACCAAAUGUGCCUGCAUUUUGGACAAUGUUGGCUAAAGCUAUAAAUGGAACAACAGGGAGCAUGGAUGAUAGAGAUCAAUUAUUUCAACCAAUUCCAGACUCUGAUAUCUCAGAAGAAAAAGACCGACUGUCAGCGCUAGAGGAUAUCAAGCUCAAAUUAAUGCUGGGCAUCUCGUUGAUGACCCUUCUCCUUUUUGUCACUCUCCUGGCAUUCUGUACUGCCACACUGUACAAACUGAAGAGGCUGAGAUACAAAGAUUUAGAAAAUGAAUACGCCGUCAACCCACAUCUGGCACACCGAUCUUACUAUGAGCCAUCAGGAGGUGUAUCAGAUACAUCUUUUUCUAAGAGUGGAGGGAGCAGCACAUAUUGGCCUACCACAUCCUCAGAUGCAAGAAGAUCAGGAAUGUCAAGAUAUAGAAACAUGACAGAUUUGACUUCCACAGGCUCAGAUGAAACAUUCUUAAAUGAGUCAGAUUUACCCAUGAGUGAGGAACCUAGUGAUGACUAG